AUGCUCCAGGCCCGUCAACUCGGCAAAGAAUUAUAUGUGGGUGUUCAUACUGAUGAAGAUAUCCUAUACAACAAAGGUCCGGUCGUGAUGAAGCUUGAUGAGAGAAUGACUGCUGUUCAGGCUUGUAAAUGGUGCACUAAGGCAGUAGAGGGUGCUCCAUACGUUACAGAUCCCAAAUACAUGGCCGACCAUGGAUGCAAGUACGUUGUCCAUGGCGACGACAUAACUACUGAUGCAAAUGGCGAAGAUUGCUACCAAGAAGUCAAGGAUUUAGGCCUCUUUGUUGUGGUCAAAAGAACCCCUAACAUCUCUACCACUGAUCUCGUGGGCAGAAUGCUCUUGAUGAGCAAAAAUCACCACUACAACUCCAUAAAGUCGCUAGCAGGCGUCGAAACACAUCCUCUCUUUGCCAAAGAUGGCCACUUGGAUCGGUUCGUUCAGUAUGCUACUGACAGUACAGGACUUACUAAAGGGUCUGGAGUCUACGUCAAUGUGGACGGAGAGCCAUCAUUCAAGACAGUUGUGGAACCUUCCGAGGCCAUUGAUGCCAAAUUCAAGUCCAAUAUCGUAUAUGUGGACGGAGGAUUUGACUUGUUCCAUCCAGGUCAUGUCGAAGCUUUGCGUCUUGUUCGUGAAGAGGCCGAAAAGAGAAACGCAGCAGUGGUGGUGGGACUCCAUGACGACAGGGUUAUCAACCAAUACAAGGGACUUAACUAUCCCAUCAUGAAUCAGUUUGAGCGUGCGUUGUGUGUUCUACAGUGUCGCCAUGUGGAUGCUGUGGUGAUUGGUGCACCAUACGUUCCUACCACGGAGCUUUUGGCUAAAUUCACGGGCCAGGUGUCUGUGGUGUUCCAUGGCCCCACUCAGAUUGAUGAGGGGGUUUACGAUAAUGUCCUCUCCGUGUUUAAGGAGAUUGGUCCCCACAAAUAUGACGAGAUGAACACAGAGUUUAUUGUCAAUAGAGUGUUGAGCAACAAGGCAGCUUACGAGGAAAGACAACGCCGCAAGGGAUGGAAGGCUGAGGUAGAGCAGAAGUUGAGAGUCGAGGAAUUAAAGGCUGGAGAGCAGAAGAGACAAUAG